AUGGACCCUUAUAAAAUUCCUUCAUCUUCUGAAACAAGAGGUGCUAAUUUAAUUAGUUCUCUACUCUUAGUACAGAGCAGUAUGACAUUUGCUUUCAUCUUUAUGGUUUCGGUGGGUUUCUUUCUAGUGAAAGGUUUCUUUUACACUAGGAGAAAGAACCGUGAUCAGAAGGAACCAGACAACCAAUCCACUAACUCUAAUGAAAUCAGAAAGCAAGAUUUACUUCUUGAUGGCUUGAGAAACUCUUCACAAUUCGUCUUUGAAUCAUUUGGCUACAACAAGUACAUCACAAUUGCUCUGUACAUUUUCAGAUUUACAGUCUGUUGUUGGAUUAUUGGAACAAUCAUUUCGUAUCCGUUCAUGAGAAAGUAUGAGACGGACAAUGUACUUCUCAAAUCCUCAACUUAUUUUACCCAUCAUAUGGUAAUGGUAUUUACAACAUAUUUCAGCUCUCAAACCGUGUUUGGAAUGUUUUACUUGAUUGUGUUUAGGGAUUUCUCUGUGAAUUUCACUUCAGAAUCUAUUAGUGUGUUGAAGAGAAGAAACAAAUGGUUGGUGAUUGUAUUGAGAGCACUCUCUGGUAUUAUAUGGAUUGUUGGAGAGUUGAAUUUGGUGGCUUCUUUGGUUGUUUCGAUUGGUUACUGGUUUGCAAGGUUGGGAGAGGAGGAAGAUGGAGUAGAUUACAUAAAGUGGCACGUGUUCACAAUCAUGUGUUUCCCAAGUGCUUACUUUGUAUGGAUGCUCACAUGUAUGAGAAAUCGUCUAGUUUCCGAAUUUCCUUAUACAGUUCUCAAUUUUUAUGUGAAACCUUGGUUUGCAGUAAUUUUGGUACUCUUUGGUAUUUAUUUAGUUCUUGGUUUGAGUUUCAUGUGUGCAAGUUUGGUGUCUUCUUUGAGAAAUAGACUUCUCCUCAAAUACUUGCUUCAUAAGGAGAAUUCGAAAGAAGAAAUUGCAAAAUCAGAAACUGUUCAACAACCUGACAGCGCAAGUGGAAGUGAAAUUUCACAAAAAUCAUCAACCAUUGGAGAGGUGCUUCAUCAAGCAAAUGAUGUGUGUGAGAUUAGCAUUAGUGUUUCAAUGAUUGAAAUGACAGAAUUUAGUUCAAGUGAGGAGAGUAGUGUUAAUAAGACAAGAACUGAAAUCUAA